GAGCGCGUUUGGGCAGCUGAUGUUUUUCAAUGACAGUUCAUCGAGCAGAGAAAUACUUGUGGCUCUGUAGUCGCUUUACACCCGACUUGCCACGGACAUAAUAGCAACAACAGAUCAAGAGAGGCACGAUAAGGGAGAGUUAUUAGAGCCUGACGCUCGAAGUGCAACAUCUGGAGAUCAACAGCGGCGGCGGCGGCGGCAGUCAUGGGCAACAGCGUGUCCGGGAUCAGAACACUGCACAGGGGACAGCAGAACAGGUUUCAAAGACUUCCAAACUCGCAGAAAGACUCUCUGGGUGGACCGUUCCCUUCAACAGCUCACCGAUGCCACCACAAACCCAAACGCUGUUUACCCUUGCAUCCGUGCGGAGGUGUCCCCGUGAGCCCCCUUCUCUUCCACCCCAACGCUAAAGGCUCUCAGAUCGUCAUGGAUCUAGCACAAAGGAGCGUCAAAAGGCAGGCCAGCUUCUGCAACGCCAUCACUUUCAGCAACCGGCCCAUUGCUCUUUAUGAGCAAGUACGCUUAAAGAUAACUAAAAAGCAGUGCUGCUGGAGUGGUGCUCUCCGCCUGGGCUUUACUUCUAAGGACCCAUCUAGAAUCAAUCCCGACAGCCUGCCCAAAUACGCCUGCCCUGACCUGGUAUCCCAGAACGGCUUCUGGGCCAAGGCCCUACCAGAAGAGUUUGCAAACGAAGGAAACCUCAUUUCCUUCUGGGUGGAUAAGAAGGGGAGAGUAUUUUACCGCAUCAACGACUCCAGCCCCAUGCUGUUCUUCAGUGGCGUUCGGACCACAGAGCCACUGUGGGCUCUCAUCGAUGUCUACGGUCUGACCAGAGGAGUGCAACUGCUGGACAGUGAAGUGGUCCCUCCAGACCUUCUCCGCCCACGAUCCUUCACCACAGUGCGUGGAUCCACCUCAUUACGACGUGAAGCAGACACCUCCCGCCUGUCCGUCAGUCUUUGUGAUCUUAACCUGCAACAAGAUGAUGCCAGACUUCGGCUCCCACCCGCCCCCGUCGCCUGUCCCAUUCCUCAAAAUUCCAUGAACUCCCAGCAGUCAUCACUGCUUCCUCACACCUUGGAAUGUGACCUACGAUUCCACCAGCUCCGAGGUGCCCACAUCAAAACCCUUAAUGAACAGACGGUGGCCCGAUCUGAACACAACCGUGAAGAACGCACGCUGGUCUUCACAGAUCGCCCACUACGAAUUGGCGAAACUAUCUUCAUCAAAGUCAUUAAGUCCAGCCCUGCUCGAUCUGGGUCUCUCUCAUAUGGUGUGACGUCAUGUGAUCCAGCAGUGCUUCGCCCUAGCGACCUCCCUUACAAUCCUGAGGCGCUGGUGGACCGUAAGGAAUUCUGGGCAGUGUGCAGGGUGCCCACUGCUUUGCAGAGUGGCGAUAUCCUGGGUUUCCUGGUCACACAGGAAGGGGAAGUCAUUCUCAGUCAUAACGGCAACAAUGUGGGGAUGCAGGUGUGUGUGGACAACUCACGACCUCUCUGGAUGUUCUUUGGACUGCAUGGUGCUGUGACGCAGCUAAGGAUUCUAGGCUCCACUUUCUUGGGUGAUGCUCGUGACCCAUCCAGCCCCGGCUCGCCCUCUGCCUCCCCCCUCUCGCCCUCAGGCCUGUGCGGUGGAAGUCCAGAGCCCAGUCUCAACGAACGUGGCUGUUCUGCUGCCUUCUGCAGCUCCACUGAAGGAACAACACCCAACUCGCCCAUCAGUCUCCCCAAAUCUCCCACUUUCCCAUCUGCGUCAGGCUCGUGGCAGGACGAGUGUUCUAUCUGCUAUGAAAACACAGUGGAUACGGUCAUCUACGCCUGCGGACACAUGUGUCUUUGCUACACCUGCGGCCUCCGCCUCAAAAAAAUGGCCAACGCUAGCUGUCCUAUCUGUAGGAGGGCUAUCAAAGACAUUAUAAAGACCUACCGGAGCACUUAGGGGGGCCCUUUCACCCCCCGCACCCAAGUCUCAUAAGGGCCAUUAAGGAUCUCUAAUAGAUCUCUGUUUCAAGAGAGGGUUGGUGUCACAGUUCAGGGACUCGCUCUGGCACUGCAUGGGUCUGCUUUCCCAUGGCGAUGACUUUUGAACCCUUGAACCUUCAAGGCUCAGGCAUCCAUUCACAAAGGUCUUUUGUAUUUCAUGCUCAAGUCUCUGUUGCUAUAGUAACCAGUGAUGUUGCUGCUUUUUUUAGAAGCAUCUGGCUUUUCAACUGAUAUAAGACAGUAUCUCAUCGAAUUCAGGACAUUUCAGGUGACGCAGGAGAUAUUUAAGGUUGCACAUCUCCCAUUUCAUCUACCUUCUCCGUGAGCCAUAAUAGACUCUCAUUCAUAGCUUAGCUGUGUAUCCUUUAAAGCUGGAAUCAUAUUCAAUAGGGGGUGUUACGGUCUAUUAUUUUUUCCUUCUGCUGUCCUAUCUAGACAGACCAGCUAAGGCACUUUCACCAUUGAAAUUCAUACAAAAACGUCUCAGUGUUUCACAAUUUUUGUCUGUGCUGGGCUGAGACAGAGGCGGAAAGACUUAUAUAAAAGGUACAGCGCUUUUCAUACCUCACCAUUUCAUGCUAGUUGUGUAACCGACAGCUUGCCCGCAUUACAUGCUAUAAAGUGAGUCGAUCUGGAGAUCUUUGUGCAUUGAUGACUAUUUGAUCUUGUUUUGUAAUGUAAUAUGAAGCUUUGGUAGGUAGCAGGUGAAGUCAGCUAAUGAACGCUAUAAUUUAGCUUUUGCGUGCAACAAGUAGGACAUUGUGGUGGAAUUAAAGAGAUAUAAUUUGUUAAAACAAUAAACAGGAAUGAUUAA